UGGAGAAUUAAAUUGCUAAUUUAAGACUAACUGUCUGAGGAUGAAGUUAUUUGUUAGCAGGCUUGCUAACGUCCAUUUUUACUUGAUUUUUAGCAUCAAAAUUUGAUCCCACAGAGGAUUUACCAGCUUCCACCAUGACCGGUAAAUUUCAAACGCGCACUCGUCUGACCGGUAGUGAACUGGGCAAUUUAAAUGGCUCUUGGGUGACCUCUGGCUCUGCUCAGACUCAGAACGGUGGAUAUCUACAAACUCAGCUGCUCUUCAACAGGGCCGUGCCAGCCAGUGCCUCCAACCGCGCAACCCACGUGGGCCCGCCGGCACCCAUCGUGAUUGAGAAGCUCGUCGCGCCGGGCAUGGCGGUGCAGAGCGGCAAUGACAGCGUCACCAGCUCCGUCUGCUUCUCCGUUCUGUCCGAGCAGCGUCUGCAGGAUGCGGUCAGGCUGGCCAAGAGGGACAUGCGGCGCAGGCACCGGGAGUCAGCCUGCAGCCCAUCCCCACAGCAACAUCCAGACGAAAUAACACAGGAGAGGAAAAGCCUCAACCCACAGAAGCCGAAAAGAGAUGCCUCUAAACUGCAGCAGAGGGCAGCAGGUUCGAAGGAGCUGAUGCGGUCAGGGGCCACGGUGCUGGUGUACAAACCCCAGGAGCUGCCCUUGCCCCCCAGGACGGAGCAUGUCCUGUCACCCCCGACCCGAGACUCCGCCCCGGAACCCCAGCUCAGCCAGGAGAUUUGCAGGCUGCAGAAGGAGCUGGGCACCUACAUCCAGAGGAUUGAAGAGCUGGCCAAUAGAGGCCGGAUCACAGAGGAGCUGGACCCGGAGGAAGAGCGCAGGGUGGAGGUCCGCAGGCAGGAGCAGGCGGCACGCUCGGCCCGCAUCCUGUACGUGCUGCAGCAACAGGUGAAAGAAAUUCAAGAGGAUUUGGACAAGUUGCGUUCUCAGAAGAUCAGGCACACAAAGAAAUCCAGAGCAAUGGACAGGCUAGCAGCGGCUCACAGAGGUGCGGUUCGAGCAAUACAGGUGUUUGUGAGUCAGCUACCUGACCAGUCAGAGAGGAAGAUGCCAUCACAUUACAGGGAGCUGGGGCAGCUGAUUCGCCAGCUGUCUCUCUGUUCGGCCAAGGUGGAGGAGGUACAAGGAUCCUCUGUCCCUGAAACAGCCAAUGACAUCCUGCAGAAGCUGGAGGCCCUGGACUCUGCUCUCAGCAAACAAGAGAGCGUGCGGGUGGAGCGGCAAGCCCAGAGCAGCUCCCCAGCGAGGCGGAGGUCACCCGGGGGCAGGCAGUCCAGCGCCUCCCCGCCCCGAGAGCGCAGGGCCGUGACCGCCAGGGGCCCCCGCGGGGCCCGCAGACCGCCGGCCGCCAGGAGGAACUUGCAAGACAGGAGGGUGAUGGUACCUCGUCCCAGAACCGCUGAUGCUCACGCACUGGACCGCAAUGAGGUGCUCAGGGAAGGGCUUAAAAAGCUCAUUCGGAUGAGGAAGCUUGGGGAAGGAGAACCCACCAAUCACAGAAGAGUACCGCUCCCUGAGAAGAGCAAGGCUGCCCCCCAGCUGGACUCCAGGUUCUGGCAGCCCACCGUCUCGUCCCAGCUGAAGAAGAUCCAGCUGCCGCAGAGAGAUGCUUCCGUCCCGUGGAUACCCACGUCCCCUCACGCCUCGCCACUCCAAGUCGGCCCUCCGAAGAGGCCGGAACCCCGGUGCCUGUUCUCAGCCCAGAGGCAGCCAGCGGGCCCUGUGGAGCAGCAGGCCCCAGCAAGAGAGGCUGCAGAGCAGGGGCUAGGCCCUGAGAAGAGGACCGAAGCCCACAGAGAGGCGAUCAGGCAAGCAUGGCUGGACAGGGAGGAGACGCGCAGGCUGAAGGAGCUGAACCAGCUGAGCCAAGAGGAGGCAGAGCGAAUCAGCAGGCUCAGGUUGGAAGGGACCUCCCCAACAGAAUGGGCCGAGAGAGCAGAAAGAGCUGCCAGAGAGAGACUCCAGCCUCUCCUGGAUCAAGCGCAGCGGAUCCGGGAGUCCUGGGACAGAAAGGGCACAUCUCUGAGGCACCGGCUGUCCGAGCAGGCUGCUGAUAAAGCAGCGGCCAGCGCAGACCUGCUGAGCGAGGCCAUCCUGGAGGACCUGCUGGAGGACACGGUGCAGGCCCUGUGGGAGGCGGAGAGGAGCAGGGAGGGGGACCGGCUCGCCCAGCAGCGGCUGGAGGCGCCCACCCUGGAGGGCAUGCUGCUGAGAAUGGAGGAGAUGGAGAGAGACGAGGAAGCAGUGCGACGGCGCUUUGCGGACAUCUCCUACUCGGACCCUCGGUUCUGGCCCAAAGAAGACGGGAAAGCAGCCCCCAGGACAUCUCUGGACUGUAGGCCCGCCUCUCCUCAGCCCAUCCGCCUGACCAGACCAGCAUUGAGGAAGGACCCCACAGCGGACAUUGUGCUGGAAAGCCCGGUGGAGUCCGGAGCUGCGUCUGAGACGUCCCUCGUGGAUGAUAUCGCCUCCGGGGCACGCCUCCCUGAACCAGCCCAACCAAUCACGGUGGAGAGAGGCAAAGGCGUCCUGCUUUCCCUGCCAGUCAGCAUGCAGAGGAGUGUUCAGAAGUACAGGGAGGAGUAUGAGUCAUACCUGCGCCUGGUGUCACACGAGGCCGUGGGCAGCUUCAAUCCCUGGGCCAUCGCUGACAGUCUGGCAGACGAGCUGAUGAACGAGGCCCUGGCGGAUGUGGCGGCAGAGUUCCAGGACAUGUGUGAGGAGUACGCUGAGGCCGUCUUCACCUCUGAGUUCCUGCAGCCUGACCAGUCACCUGCAGAGUCCCAUACGCAGCAGGACAGCCAAUAGAAAUGCUUCCUUUCCAGCUGCAGUUUACUCAUCGGACCUCUUGGACUGUCAACGAGAUUGCAGCGUGCUUUUUUAUUUUUUUCCCAAGUUAUUUAUAAAAAAAGCAUUAUUGUUGUCAAAAAGCAUUAAUGAUUAUCAGGUAAUGUUUUUCAGGAAAAACACAACAGGCAGUCAGACGCAUAUCACCAAUGCAUAUGGAGUUCAGCUAUUUUGGGCAAAUAAAGGUAUA